GUGACGUUUCAGGGGUACCGUAGCUACAAGCGGAAGUAGAAACCAAAGUCACGUUUCCUUUCAAAACCAAGAACUGUUUAACAAGCGAAGCUACGUACAUGAUAACAGCUAGCUUUUGAUUACUAUUUCCCCAACUGUAGCCUGGGCUGUGUGCUAGACCUCGCCAUGUUCCUCACCAUGGUUCUUCUGAGGAAAGGCAUCCCUGGAAAGCAGUGGAUUGGGAAGUACCGGCGUCCCAGGGCCAUCACGUGGCAGAUGAAGCGCAACAUGAUUGUGCAUUUGGAGCGUGAGGCAGAAAACGAGUACUGGAUCAGCCGGCCAUACAUGACACCCGAGCAGGAAUGUGGCCAUGCUGCGGAACGCCGUGCCCAGUCUUGGUCCAAAAUCAAGGAAAACAAAUUUGUCAAGUUCCCAGAGCACAAGUACAUAGCAGACCACCUCAGUCACCUCAACACAACCAAGACUUGGUCCAGUUAGUGAGAAGAUGUAUUGACUGUGUGGUCAUUUUGGAACUUUCUGUGGUGUUAUUUAAACUUUCAUGGUCAUGUCUGUAUAUUAUUUGUGAUCUUUAAAUGAUAUCUUGAUAGUGAAAGUUUUGUGUAUAAACUUUACUGAUGCAAUUUCAA